CACGAAGUGUGAUUUCCGGUUUAAAAAAUCGUCUGCUUUUUUCUUCGCUGAGAUUGAUGCUGUCUAUUUCAAUGGAGACAGUAACACAUGCCUUUACUUCAAAGUGAUUUUACUUCAUAACAAUUAGAGAAGACGCCAAAAUCACAAUGUUUAGGAAGAAUGUGAUUUCUACCAGAGAGUUACUUUCCGAUAAUUUCAUUGACAGAAAUGACACAAGAAAUUCAUCCUCUGAACUCAGUCAGCAUUCUCAGUUUGAUUUUUCACAAAUAAAUACUCAAGACAUGUUUACACAACAUUCAAGCGGAUCACAGCCUGAGCCACAUAGUAUUUUUCCUGGCAAAAGACUAUCUUUCUAUGAUAAGUGGAAGGCAAAACUACCAUCACAGCAUCCUGUUCCUGUAAACAAAUCUUUGAAAAAUUGUUCAGGACCAUUGACUAGCAACAUAUCAGAACAUCGACAAACUCCUACAUAUGAUGUACCUUUUCAGCAGCAAGUUCAAAUGAACAAGGCAAAAGCCAAGGAAAGGGAUGAAAGAGACUUGCUCCAACAAGUCAUAAAUACAGUACAGGAUUGUGCAAAAGAGAUGAAGUUUACAUUGCAUUCUGUGAAGGAAAAGCUUGAAUAUCAGCAUGACCAUUCUGGGGAAAAGAUAGAACAAACUAUUAGCACAUUUCUUGAGGACUUGUGCAAGUACCAAGAUAAAAUGUUUGAGUCUGUUCUGGAAAGAGAUGCAAAUUCUUCAAAAGUUCAUUCAUUGGAAGUGGAUAUUGCUGCAAAAGAUACCAAAAUCAUCACACUUGAAAAAGUGUUGGAAGGUCUUCAGAUGAAUUGUCCAGAAAGUGUGGUUAAAGCCAUUCAUGUGCCAAACCAACGCCUGGAGUUGCAGGUUCAACAGAUUCUAGACAGGACGAAAGAAAACACAGACACACAGACGUCUCAGUUUAUGGAGCACAAAAAGCUGACAGAACAACAAAUGAAGCAGUGCGAUCACCUUUAUCAGACACAGGAGGAACUUCUACACAAAAUAGAAAACAGGGUCUUGGAUGAAAUGGCCACGUUGCAGAGGGAAUUGAAGAGAAAAGACACAUCCUACAAAAGAGAAUGUAAUGACCAACUUCGUUCAUUCCAAGAGAACAAUAUUCGCGAAACUGAGAGUUUGAUUCAACGACUGUUUGAGCAAUCAUCUCAUAUGUCUUUUGAACAGAAAAAUGAAUUUAAAACGAUACUGAAGGGAGAGCUGCAAGCAAUAUCCAGGAAACAGUUAAAUAAUUUUGAAAACUUCUUCCAGGACAAACUAAAUAACUACUUUUAUAAUCAAGAGAAACGAAUUGUAGAAAUGUUUUCACAAAUGUCAUCCAUACUUGAAAACAAGGAAAAUGCACAGCCAGAUAAAGAAACUGGAAGCUUUUUGUCUCUUCCACAGUUUGAAGAAAGGAUGGGAUGUUGGAAUGAAGAUUUUAAGAAACAACUUGAAAAACUGCACAGAGAACAUAUGGCUGAGAUCAACCGCUUGCAGGUUAACAUGAGUAAAGAGUCUUCAAACAGUUUGUUGUUGAAGCAUCAGAAUACACCAGCCUUUUGCUCACCAGUUCUUCCACUGACAAACGACAAAGGAUCUGAAACAUUUCAAAAAUGGACAGAUAAAACAACACUUAGUUUAAUUGGUACAACAAAUUCGGACAAAGAGGCACAUAUGCAAAGGCAUGAAAGUUUUGGUUUCAGUGAUUUGGGUGCUGGCCAGUUCAACACUAAAAGUCUGUUUUCAAGACCUGUGUUUUCACCAGUUGCUACUGUGUUGCCACAGAGAAAACAGGUACAGAUUGCAGGUGAAGAAAACAGUAAUUAUGAAAAAAGUAACUUUGCUGAGGUAAAACCAAUGCAAACAAAGAGCAUGAUGAAGAAAAAGCGUAAGAAAAAAAAUUCAAUCUACUCUAAAAAAAGAAAACCAAAGCCAAUAACAGCUCUUUGUAAAACCAUGCACACAACAGAAUUGCCACAAAAUAACAUAACUGACAGAACGAGAUCAAAAUCUGCCAUCCUUCUUGAUAAAAGGUCGGAAUCAUGUCCACUUAAAAAUUCAAAAGAAGAAAGUGUAGCUGUAAAAGGCAUUACCACAACAAAACAACCAAAUCUUUCUGUGUAUGAUUUCAGUGGUGAAGAAGAUAGUUGGAGUUUUCAACCUAAAAUGAUAACACAAAACAAAGCUUGUAAAAACAAUCCAGGAAACAGAUACUUGACAUCCAGGAAUAAGCAGUUCAAGUCUCCUGAGAUAUCCUUUGAGGAUUGCAGUUCCAGAACUUCCUCUCCAUCACUAUCAAUUACUGAAAUGGUCAUCAGAAGAAAGAUCAGAUGUAAAAAGGAUUCACCAAGUAUUGACUUACAGUUUGAUGGUGCAAGCAGCCUGCACCACUUCAGCACUUCCGAUGAGACAAUUGGUGACAUUCUGAGUACUCCAAACAUGUUAUUAUACAAUGAAAGAAGACAGUGGAAUUUUCAGCAGAAUUUUAUGCAACGGCAACAUCAGGAAUCCAAGGUGUUCAGAAGAUCAGGAGAGAAGCGGAAAUUGUGUGAUUUUAACUUUGAUUCAAGACUGGGAAUAGCAAGUUUGUUACAUAAAAAACUGAAUUCUGCAAUAAAUACAUCUUAGUCCUUUCACGGUUGUAUCCAAAAUAUCUUUCCGAAAUAUCACAAUUAUCAGUUUACAGAAAUAAGAUAUCAAUUAGUUUUUCCUGUUACAAUUUUAUUAAAAUUUUGAUUGUUUUAAGAAAUAUAAAAAUGUUUCGACUUUUAAAAUGUACCCGUAACCAAUUUUAAUAUUAAAAGUUAUUUUUACAUUUAUAUGUUAUAAAUAAACAUAUUAAUUGAUCCCACCCAUAAUCUUUUCAUAAAUAAUGUUCUUUAAUCCCAUGUAAACAGUCACCUUAAGGAUGAAUAGACUCUUUUCAAGUAACAAGUUUUAUGAAAACGACGAAUUCAUAAAAUCUCACGUUGAUUGUCAAUAUCAAUAUCAAAGAUAGAUGGGCUGCACAAAGACAGUAAAUUUGUAGGCAACAUCCACAUGGAAUAUUAAAGAAUAUUUGCCUCAAUGGAUCAUGUCCAGUCAUCCACUAAAUAUCUGAUAAAAAAAAAAAUUCUACUAGUAAAUUAAAUUAUUGGCUGUAAUUUUUUAUGGGUAUAUAAUUGAAGAUAUGUUUACAUUUAAAGCAAAAAUUAAUAAAUAAUCUGGCAGGAAGCCACCAUCAUACAUUUUUGAGAUAGCACCUUUAAUAAUAAUAAAAAAAAGUAAUAAAUAGUUAUCCUGCAAUCACUGCAUAUAUUGGCAACAUAUGAUGAGUAGAAUCAGUUUCUAUAUUUUUGGUCAUGUUGCCUUUGUUAUGAUUGGCAAAAGAAUGUUGACAUUAAUAAAAUAAUAUUAAUAAUAAAAAGAUAGUAUUAUAAAAUAUAUUAUUUCAAUAAAAACCAUUUUGUUUUGGUGUAUUCAUAUUCUAGGCGACAAAUUAUCUUGCUCAGGUCAAAUAGAAAAUACCUCUAAGCAGAGCCUCGCUGCAUUCACCAUUCUAACCUUUGUAGGAUAAAGCUGAUAUUUUAGACAGUAACCAGUUAUCCUCCAUUUAAAGGAUAAUAAUCAGUUACUAAUUAGCUUCAGUGAAUGAAUGUCAAGGGGCAUAAAAUAAUUUUUAUUACCCCAGCUAUUUUUAAAACUUCACAUUCAGUAUUAUUAUGAAAUAACUUUUCAUUGUCAUGAGUGACAAAAGAAAUGUUUUCAUAAUGGACUUAAAACUUAAAGCUUGAUAAUAUAUAGUAUUCCAGUUUGACAUUGUACUUAUUAACCCAAGCCUAGGAACUGUUCUAUGUGCUGAUUAUAUAAAAACAUACUUUUAACAAAACGAGAACCAUGUGUAUACACAUUUACUUCAUCCAUUUAGUAUGACAUUCAACUGAAUUAUUUACUUAAAAUUAAAGUGUGCGUGCCCAUGUAUCAUUGUUCUUUGUUUACCAAGAUUUUGUUUACUGCAAAAUAUUUUAUUUUCACAGGAUUAAAUUUUUAAUGAAAAUUAGUUAGUUUGUGAGCAUUUAUUUUUGCAAUUUCCAUUCCUCCAAUAAGAAAAAAUUAAUUAUCGAUUCUGAUGUUAAUAAUUUUGAUGUUUAUUGUUUUAAAAAUACCGUAAGCUUAUGCGAGGUGCUUAGGCUACCCUGUGCUCUUUUUUUGUAAUCCUCAAACUUGUUAUAAAAACUAAACCCAUAAACAAAACGGAAUUUGAAGGCGCAAUGCUAGCGCAAGUUUGAUUUAAACAUUAUUUAUUAGUUCAGUACAGUUUAUGAUUGAUCAGAGGGCGUAUUCACUUGGAUAGUACAAAAUAGCUGUGCCCGUUAUAUUUAAUAGCCAUCACAUUUAACCAUUUUAUUAAUUAAAUAUAAGAUUAUACUUGUUGAUAUUCAGCAAUAAUGUGCAUUAUAUAUUGUUGAAUACUAGUAUGCAUACGAGCCAAAAGCCUUGCACGAGCAUUCCUUUAAUUUCACAUGGAAUUUAUUUUCACAAAUUUUAUUCAAAUGCGAAAAUAAAGUAUUUCACAGUAUGUCAACAGUUCUCAGUAAUUAGUACUGCUAAGCAAAGAUCAAGGUAUGUGCCUUUUCAUUGGUCGCAGACAACGGAACCCAAACAAAUGAUUGGGUAAAUCAGUCAUCACAAUUCCUCAGUAUGGUUAUUAGUGCCUGUUUGGGUAAUAAAUAUAUUUAUUAUCCACAUAGUUCAAGAUAUAUGUACAGGGAAAUAGAACUAGUAUGACACACGACCUCGUUUUGGGAAGCGAUGUCAUAACAUAAUAUGGUUUCCCCAGUCUUAGUUCUGUGCAAUAGAUUUACCAAAAUGACGCAGUUUCGUUCCAGUUAUGUUGGAAACAUUUUAACAUGGUCCUAGCUUGUUAUUCAUAAAAAAUAACAUUAUAUUUAAUAUGGAUAAUAAAGAAAUUAUUACACUUGCGUUUGAAUUUUCCUGAUUUUACAAAACUAGUUUCAGGAGUUGUGUAUUACCCUCUCUUGCUCGGGUAAUACAUUAAUCCUGACACUCAUUUCAUAAAAUCAGUAUGACACCCAAGCUCGUAUAAUAAUUUCUUUUUUAGUGUGCAUGUCAUAUAAAUUUUUUUUAUCAAAUUGUGAUGUCAUAUUUAGUACCAAUAGUUAUUUGUUAGUAACUACUAAAAUGCCAAAUAUUAUCUGUGGUGAGAAAAUUAAAAAAAUAUUUGUCUCGUUAUGAGUGACUGCUAUAGUAAUCAUUUAUUUAUGCAAUGGAAUUGCACCAUUUUCAAUUUUAUUGUUAUUUUAUUACUUGUUAAACUGAAAUUGUCACGUUUAAUAAAUGACAUACUUCUGUAA